AUGGCAUCUUCUCAAGGCUGCAAGAAGACUUGGAAGAACAGGAAGAGCUACAAGGAGCAUGUCAAGCACAUUCACCAUGAGAGAUAUACCCUCUCUUUUGUUCAACAUGAAAAUGUCAAGAACUUCAACCAUCACUCCAAAAGUGUUCAUAAGGUGGUCAAGUUCUCUUUCAAGACUGUGGAAGGAGAUGAGGGAGUUGAAUUGGAGUCUGAGUUUAUGGAUGUGGAUUUGCCACUCCCAGAUCAGCCUGUCUCUUCGCCUACUCCAAAGGCGACACCUCUCCGUCUUCCGUCUCCUGGUCCUCACUCGUCGCCUGCUCCUUUGGUUGCCCAACCAGCUACCCCACCUGGUCUUGGAUCACUACGCUCAUCCUCACCAGAUCUGGACAUCACACCACGUCCACUUCCAAGUCUGCCUACGCAGCACGUUACGGCUACUGAACCUGCCAUCAGCGACUUGACAACUACCGCUACGUUAGAGAAAUAUGGUCUUCGAGUUCACCGCCACUACUCUACGGUUCACUGCAUGGGUUGUCUUGUUGCCUGGAUUCCCUCUAAAGUAGUAGGCCAUCUUCGCUCACAUGGCUUUACUGUCUCUCGUCAGGAUGAAGAGCAACUGCUCCAUGUUCUGGCCAUGCUUCACGUCAUCGACAAGGAAGUCCCACUCCGUCCAAAGACGUUAGGGCCACCUGUUGAAGGUCUGGCAGUCUCUGAUGGCUACUGCUGCAGUACUUGCGACUACGCCUGCCUGAAGGAGUCAAUGAUUGAACGUCAUAUUGGUAAACAUAAAGAAGUACCUUCACAGUAUGGAUCAAACUACACAAAAGGCUGUGUUCAAACUUUCUUCUCGCCUACUCAACGACAUUACUUUGAAGUUACGUCACCACCAUCACCGCCUUCAGUUGAUUCGUCUCUGCUCGACAUCUACACCACCAAACUACUGCCAGAUCUCACUAUCACUACCCACAUUCUACAGCCUAUUCAUCCGCAUGAACUACCACUCAUGGUUCAGAUGACUGGCUGGCAUACACAUCUAGCAGAUUAUCUGAAGGAUCGACGUCUUGUGGGGGAUCUUUUGGACUUGGUUAAGGUGCCUACGCAUGGGUCUGGGAGUCGCCUGGCUAAGCUUGGUGAUGUGGCAAAUGAGUACCUUCAAAUCGCUGGGCGCAGAAUCAGCAAGUCACCCUUUGAAGUUCGCAAGAUGUUGAAACGGUAUCCAAUGGAAAGCGUCCACUUCAAGCCACUUGAAGACUCCUCCACCAUUCGCAACUACUCUACGGUUCUUGCUAAGCUGGCCAACGCAAUUAUCAAGUCCAUAGAUGGUACACGCAACAAGUCUGGCUACCAGUUCCCGCUAUCUGAAGACGACAUCAGACAUGCCCAAGCCCUCCUUGCAUCACUGAAAGAUGGUGUCCAUAUGAAGAGCCAGGUCGUGGCCAUGCAUACACUGGUACAGCCAAUGCUGAGUCGCUUCGCUAACGUUACGGAGUCAGAAGAUGGCAGCAGCAAAUGGAGUAGAUUCAUUGAAUGCUUCAUAGCGCUGCUUUCAAUUCAAGAUGACGGAUCUUUCAAACCGCCUCAGUACAUGACGCAACCACUGGCUAUCCUCAAGUACCUUUGCCGGGUUACAUGCUUCAUGCACGCCCUUGGCCAUCUUGAUGGUUCUGAAAAGGCAUUUGAGGAACUGGUAGAAGACCAAGUCAAGCUUCAUCUUGCACCCAAUGUUCGCUCUGCCUUCAAUACAAUUUCGAACUACCAGUCGUACAUCUCUUCUCUUGUCCACAACACCACUGCGGCUCCUACGACUAUGGUCAGUGCUGAUGGUCAACUCAUCACCUACCACAAGAGUGUUCUGGAUGUUCCACGGUUACGGCUUGCAGUUGAAGGACUCGCUGCGCAUAUCAAGGCUCAAAUUACCUCUCUGUUCAACACUGAAGUAUUUGAGUACUCGAUUCCAGACAACAUCAGUGACGACUGGACAACUACAGCUAGAGGCUCUUCCUGGCUAGACGACAUCGAUUCCAUGGUCGCAAAGCCCAAUCAGUUAAUGGCUGCGCUGCUCAACACGCCUGGUCGUUUCCUAUUACGCAAAGACAGUGCUGGUGGUGCUGUUUGGAAUCAAGCUGCUGUCUUGGAGGUACUUGGGAUCAUGCGCGAGAUCAACCACUCUCUGGCGCUAUACAGCUUCAUUACGGCUGGCCCUGAUCCACGUGGUGCAGAGUUUGUGGAGCACAAGAUUCGCAACUCAAAUCGACCUCGUACUGUCUUCCGUUCGCUCAAAGACCUCUGGCUCGUCACCCGUCGCACCAAAGCAGAACAUCUACAAGGCGCAGAGUCCUUCAUAGCCAUGAAGUGCCAUCCAGAACUCACCCACUUGCUGGAGAUCUACUUGCUUGGUAUACGUCCUUUGGAACAGAUUCUGGCUCGUGUCGCUUGGGAUGAAGAGACUGCACUGCUGUAUGCUGAGUACCUGUGGCUCGACAUGGGAAAGGUGAUAACUGCAGAUACGUUUAGCGAACUGCUAGCCACGUUCAUGCAGCAGAAGGCUGGUGUUAGGGACUGCGGCUUGCGCAACUUCCGUCAACUUACGGUUGAGAUGGGGCGCGUCUACUUGGGCUCAGAGUUCCAGCUGGCCAUGGAAGGUGAAGACGCUUUUGCUGAACUUCGUGGCCACACUACAAGAGUGGAACGUGCACACUACGCACCAGAGGCUGGCCAUCUUCCGUCCCUCACCAGCGACAUGGUUCUACGCUUUGGUUUCGCCUCUGACGCUUGGGCAAGAAUGAUGGGCUGCUUUCCAGAGUAUCCACCCAUGGUCCCGCUAAUAGUCAAGAAGCGCAACCAGUUAUUUCCCACCACAACUACCUUCACAACUUCUGGUGUUACUGCUGCUACGCCUACACUCGAUACAGCUGCCUUGCUUGCAGGCAUACGUGCUGAGAUUGCCAAUACGGUUACGGGUGCUGUUUCAUCUGCCAUGGCUCGGGUUAUGGAUGCUGUAGAGUCCAAGGUGCAGAAAUCGGUGGCAGAGGGUGUUCAGAAAGCACUGUUCAUUGCUCAGUCAGAAGGCAUUCGCUAUGCAGAUUCAGCGCCACAGUUCCCCUUGCAUGAGUCUACUUCGACAUCCAUACAUCCGGUUACGCCACUCCAGGAGAUUGCUCAAGGGGAUUACACCGAGAUUGAGGACUUGUAUGGAGAUGAUCCACCAGAACUUUCUGCACCAGCAGCCUCGCUUCCUCCUGUUCCUUCUUCUUCUUCUGCUGCGCCUCUACCACCGACUGGGCCCUCAGUGAAUGAGCCAGGAUAUGCACUCGACUUGCUUCGGAAGUUCUUCAAGAAUCCAACUGCUGAAUUCAAGUCGCCAGGUCAACGGAAUAUUGUCAAACACGCUUUAGCUUUGGAGAACAACUUCGUGGGCAUUCUUCCAACUGGUGGAGGCAAAAGCUUGUCAUAUUUGCUACCGGUUUUCAAAGAGCAGCAUCUUGGCUACAAGACAAUCGUGGUCGUUCCCAACAAGGCUUUACUUCAAGACCAGUUGGUCAAGGCGCAAGCAUUCGGUAUCAAUGCACUUCACUACACUAGCAAGCACCGGGACAUGGGCAGGUCGCCAUUGGUAUUUGUGGCGCUGGAAACUGCUAUUUGUGGUACAUUCGCCAAUGCCUAUGCAGAGAACGAAAGGUGUAUCAAACGUGUUGUAAUAGAUGAAGCACAUCAGAUCUUCACCUCAAACUCAUGGCGCAAGGACUUCCAGCAGCUGUGGCAUCUCGCAGACUUUCCAGUUCAGAAGGUCUACCUCACCGCUACGCUUCCCAUCAAAAAGGAGACAGAGUUCCUCAGCCUUGUUGGUGCUCGCCGUUCGACUGCUGUUCUUCGUUCGCCAGUUCCUCAGCCUCAAAUUGAAUACCACCAGUACUCCAUGGACAGGAACGUAGUGCCUAUGCAUGAGGUCAUCCGUGGCGUUAUUGCUAUUCUGGACAAGGACUUUGGGCCAAACGACAAGGGCAUUGUCUUUACGCAAUCGACUAGUGAUGCAGACAAACUGGCUGGCUAUACCCACAACAUGAUCUCGCAUUCAAAACUCGAAACCAGCGUCAGAGCAGACAAUGAACACAACUGGAUGAAUGGCACAAGUUCAGAAUUCCGGUGGAUUACUGCUACGACUGGCAUGAUACAUGGUGUUGAUCAUCCAAAUGUGGUCGCUGUUGUCUUCGUUGGUGUUCCAUACAACAUCCUCAACAUCAUUCAAGGCGCUGGUCGUGGUGGUCGUGGUGGUGGUUCUGCUAAGGCCAUUCUCAUCAAUGACAGGGCUGUUCAUAUCAUUGAUCCUCAUUCUCGACUUGAUGAUCGAGAUUGCACAACAGAGACAUUGCAGUGGGUGAGGGGUUGGGGUGGAUGUCAUAGGGCGGUUCCUUCGAAAUUGCUAGAUGGACAUGUUCAAACCUGUCAGGAACUGGCCAAGAUUCAUUCCAACACACGUCUAUGCAACUUGUGCAAUCCCAACUUGCCAUUCAGCAGUGCUUAUCACCAGCUUAUCCAGGACAUCAAGCGCAGCGAAUGGGAACGGAUCAUGGGUGUGGUACCAAAGAAGACUGUUACAAAUAUGCAAGCUGCUACAGUUCCCACCAGCACCACUCAACCAGCUACAUCUGGAGAUGAUUCAGAUGACGACCACUUGUUCAACAGUUUCAACGACUUUGAGUUGGCCAACUUGGAUCAAUCGCUAUUUGAAGAUACAUCAGCAUCAACAACCGCCACUACGUCUACUGCUUCUUCUGCUAGGGCCACCCCAGUGCCUGCAGUUGUACCUCCACCAGUCGCCCCAGCGUCUAUCAGUCUUUCAGUUCCUUCUACCAUAUCCCGAAAGCGUCCUGCAGAAGCCUUGCCUAGUACAGCACCACUCAACAAGCGCCUACAUCUCACACGCCCUUCUGAAACUCAGAUACAGUCCAUGUCGUCUGGACCAGCACUUCCUAUUCAACUGGAUCAAGCAUACCAUCGCCAGCUAGUUGACGCUAAAAACUACAAGUUCAAUAAGCUCAACAGCUUGUGCAAGUACUUGAAUGGUCACUGCAAAGCAUGCUGGGCAAUCAAUGGCACUAUGGUGAAGGCAUCUCAUUGGCCACCAUUCAUUGCAUGUCACCAACAUCAAAAGCUUCCUGGUCCAUAUGAGAAUGCUAUUGGGUGGCAGAAUCUGAGGAGUAUGAUGAAGUACAAAGUGAAGUUCUCCUAUUGCUUCCAUUGUCAUCUACCACAGGGCAAGUGCAAGACCACUGGGCAAUCAUGGCUACCAAGCAGUCAUGGGGAUUUAUCCAAGGGAGACAGGUCAUGUGGAGGACUCAAGGACACUGUGAUACUGGCUGUAUGGCAUAUCAGGAACACUCAGGAGCUGAGGGAAAAGGCAUGCCAAGAUCUGGCUCAUCUGAACAUGAAUCCAGGAGCAGACUUGACAGCAUUUGCUGAAUGGUUGGUGAUAGAAGAACCAGGGAACUUCAGCAAUGCCAUAGAGCUACUGCUAUGGUUGGCCAACUACAAGGCUAAGGAGGCUCAAGGAGGAGGUAGUUAA